UUCUUAUAGAGUUCCCCCAUUUGGUUAGUUAUUUUCCUCUUCCGGUGACGUUAGCUUCCAAGUGUUAUAUGACAGUAGUCACCGGAAGUGUGGCUUGCUUUAAGUCCUUAGGCGUGCUCCGCCUAAAUCUUUCCCCACUCAAUGACAGCUAAGGGGGGUGCGCUUGGUCCUUGGCUCUCUUUCAAGAGUCUUACCCACAAACGAACAUCUCUUCUAACGUCUAGUGGUGGCUUUCGAACCCUCUCUGAUUUUAUUUCCGUUAGUCCCCGCCUAUUGCGAAUCAAUUACAUUUUCCAUCCUCUUUCUCUCAGGGGCCCCGCCUAAACCCUUCCCCCUCCCUCUUAGCGGGAGAAUACCCCCACUUCCGGUGCCUUGCUCUCCUCCCAUCUCCCCCGCUGGGUCCUAGCGCCGGCUCUAUUUCUAGCGGGAGCUCCGGCUCUGUCCUCUGGAGCUACUGCAGGCGAGAGCGCGUCAGGCUCCCCCAGGGGAGGCCCACCCCGAAGCCCCAUGGAAGUGGAGCAGGUGGAAGCCCCGCCGCCCCACCCAGGCUACACCAGAGCCGGCAGACGAUUCAAGUGCCUCUCUUGCUCCAAGACUUUCCCCAACGCCCCUCGGGCUGCCCGGCACGCCGCCAGCCACGCUGCCAGCCCCGGGCCCAGCCCCGAGGAGAAUGCUGCCGGGGGCGGGGAUCCGGGCCCCCCCCCGGGGAACUCGGAGGGCCCGGGCAGUGGCGAGGACGGCGAGCCCGCGCCCAAGCCCCGGCCCUUUGCCUGCUCGCUGUGCCCCAAGGCGUACAAGACGGCGCCUGAGCUGCGCAGCCACGGGCGCAGCCACACCGGAGAGAAGCCCUUCCCGUGCCCGGAGUGCGGCCGGCGCUUCAUGCAGCCCGUGUGCCUGCGGGUGCACCUGGCGUCGCACACGGGCGAGCUGCCCUUCCGGUGCCCGCAGUGUCCCAAGGCCUACGGCACCCUGUCCAAGCUGAAGAUCCACCAGCGCUGCCACACCGGCGAGCGGCCCUACUCCUGCGCCGACUGCGGCAAGUGCUUCGCCGACCCCUCCGUCUUCCGCAAGCACCGGCGCACGCACGCCGGCCUGAGGCCCUACGGCUGCCCGCGCUGCGGCAAAGCCUACGCCGAGCUCAAGGACCUGCGCAACCAUGAGAGGUCUCAUACAGGAGAACGCCCAUUCCUCUGUUCUGAAUGUGGCAAGAGCUUCUCCCGUUCCUCCUCCCUCACCUGCCACCAACGCAUCCAUGCUGCCCAGAAGCCCUACCGCUGCCCAGCCUGUGGGAAGGGCUUUACACAGCUCAGCUCCUACCAGAGCCACGAGCGCACCCACUCGGGGGAGAAGCCUUUCUUGUGCCCACGCUGUGGCCGGAUGUUUUCGGAUCCAUCUAGUUUUCGCCGCCACCAGCGGGCCCACGAGGGGGUCAAGCCCUAUCGAUGUGACAAGUGCAACAAGGACUUCCGUCAGCCAGCUGAUUUAGCCAUGCACCGGCGUGUACACACUGGUGACCGACCAUUCAAGUGCCCACAAUGUGAUAAGACUUUUGUGGCCUCUUGGGACUUGAAGCGACAUGCCCUGGUGCACUCAGGCCAGCGGCCUUUCCGCUGUGAGGAAUGUGGACGGGCCUUUGCAGAGCGGGCCAGUCUUACCAAGCAUGGCCGUGUCCAUUCAGGGGAACGGCCCUUCCACUGUGCUGCUUGUGGCAAGUCCUUCGUGGUGUCCUCCAGCCUGAGGAAGCAUGAGAGGACCCAUCGAGGGGAGAUGGUGGGAGGUCUUGCCACCCAGGAGCUAGUCGUAGGGGUCACACUGCCUGCAGGUACCUCUGUGGAAGGGCCAGCACCAUCUAGCACAGUGGCUCCUGGAGUGGGUGUGGAACUGGGGGAGUCACAGGCUGGGCUCCUAGGCCUCCCCACAGAGUCAGGCCGGGUUGUAGCCUCCCAGUGGCAAGUGGUGGGCAUGACCCUGGAGCAGGUAGAAUUCAGGGAGUCUGGGGCAGGAGAGGCCCCAGCACCAGCAACAGAGGGUGAGAGUGAGGGUGGACCCCCCGCCCAGGAGCAACCCUUGGGUACUGCAGAAAUGCCCCAGAAUGUGUGCCGGGAGUGCAAGGAAUCUUUCCCAACAGCAGUGGCUCUUAGGCGUCAUGAGCGAUCCCACCCUGCACUGCGUCCAUUCCCCUGCCCACAGUGUGGAAAGGGUUUCCUGGACAGGGCAGGAUUACGCAAGCAUAGCCGUACCCACAGUGAUGUCCGUCCCCAUGCCUGUCCCCAGUGCCCCAAGGCCUUCCUUAGUGCCAGUGACCUCCGCAAACAUGAGCGCACUCAUUCCACCCCCCAGCUUCCUCUUGAGCCCCUGGUUGCCCUCUUGGGGAUGCCAGAGGAAGGAGCAGCGUGAAAGCCCCCAGCAGCCUGCUUUCCACACCUCCUGGCUCACCCCUCUCAGCUUCACUCUUUCCCUGGUUUCCCAGCAGCCAUUCCCUCCACUCUGGGGUUUCCUUCCUGUUCCUGCAGAUGUUUUAUCUUCUCAUUCUUCUCUUAGUACUUCAUUAGCACCAUCUUUGAUUGAGAAGAGGCCUCAUUCUCAGAAGAUGGGAAGACUGGAAGGACGGGAUGUGGUGGUAGGGAGGGCAGACAACUUGAAAGGCCAGCUCCAACACAGUGGCACUUAUUAAAAGCUUUGGCUCUAAAGUUUGCUCUGUAGUCUGUUUUUUGGAGAGUGAGUCCCCUGUAACAUACCCCUGCAUCCCUAAAUUUCAUCCCCCUCCUCACACUUUCUCAUGGAUUCUUUCCCAUCAGCAUCCCAGCAGAACUUCAGUCAGCAGAAUGAAAACUUAUCUCUAAACCAACAUUCCUGCGUAUAUUGAAGACAAUAUCCAUCACCUGGGCUUAGGAUGUCAAUCACCUUGGAGGCUUCUCUCUACAGAUGACCAACCUAGUUAUUAAACUGCCAGGCCUGAAAUCAGGAAGACAUCUUCCUGAUUUUAAAUGCAGCCUCAAACUGCAUUUGAGAUCCAUCUCACUAACUGAGGACUCCCUAAGCAGCUCACUUAAUUCUGUUGGCCUCAGUUUCCUCACUUGUAAAAUGAGCUGGAGAGGAAAUGGCAAACCUCUCCAGUAUUGCUUGCCAAGAAAACCCCAAAUAGGCUCAGGAAGAGUUGGACAUGACUGAACAACAAGAACAAAUAAUGUUCAAAAACUCCCAGAGGCUCUC